AUGGGCAACGGCGCACGAGCACAGCAGAAGCGCGAGCGCAAUGCGAAGGACACCAAGAAAGGGCCUACUUCGCAGCUCAAGUCGAACCAAGCAGCAAAGUCCAUCAUCUGCAAAAUCUGCCGACAAGAUUUCCAGGUCACCACCAAACAGCCUGCUCUGAUCGAGCAUGCCUCAUCCAGGCACCCUGGCAAGGCAGUGACUGAGUGCUUUGAUGGUGCUUGA